CUAAAUACCUUAUCUCAUCAGCAGUUAGAGCAGUCUUGUGACUUCUAUCAGUGUCCAGCAAAACACUGGUUAAAGCUUGUAGAAGGAGUUUUCGUUCUCCCCUAUAAGGCUGCAGGACCCUUGACCCUUUGUCUGCUGAUUGGCCAUGUGCUGAUCACAUGCACUCUCUCAGUUAAAAAAAAAAACAAACUCUCUAGCAAUACACAGCAAACUGAGCAUGUGCAGCUAGUCUCCAAGCCUCUGUUCUAUCAGAAGUUAUAUUGGGGACAGUAGAAGAAGGGGAAGAUCAGAGAAGACAGGAUCAAACAUCCUUUUUACACAAUGCAGAGGAUUAACCCCUUAGGUUCCGCAGUGAGUAUAACAAG